AAAGUUAAUUGUCUGUGAGUUGGUUGAUGUUUGUUUGAUUGAUUGCAUGUUGUUAUCAAAAGAAGAAGACAAAUUUGAAAAGGAAAAGCUGAGUCAACCAUAAUUGGUUGGUUGGCAAGAAAGUCCAAAAAGGCUACCAAGAAAAAUUAAGAACAAGUUUUUUUUUUUACUUUUCUUGUACUUUCUUCCUAUCUUCUCAUUUCUUCAAAAAGAUAUGAACAAAAAGAGAUACAACCCACUUUAACAAAUCAUCCAUACCAAGAAAAAAGAAACGUUUCUUUUUUUAGUUUGAUAAAGAUCUGUGCUUUUUCUUCGCUUGAUUUUGAGCAAAGCUUUUUUUUUUGUGGGUUUUGCUAAAGUGAGAAGCUUUAGUGUUUAUUUGGAUGGGACUGUGUUGGAGUAAUCGAAUCAAGGCUUAUACUCCCUCUAAUACUGGAUUGACUUCAAGAAGUGGCAGCAGAGAUGUGAAUAAUUUGAGUGGUUCGAGUAGCACAGUCUCGUCUUCUUCCAUACCUAGGACCGAGGGUGAGAUCUUGCAAUCGGCGAAUUUGAAGACUUUUACGUUUAAUGAGCUGAAGGCUGCCACUCGAAACUUUCGGCCUGAUAGUGUACUAGGAGAAGGAGGUUUUGGGUCAGUUUUCAAAGGCUGGAUAGAUGAGCAAUCGCUUGUGGCUACUAAGCCUGGUUCUGGCAUAGUAAUUGCUGUGAAGAGGCUUAACCAAGAAGGAUUCCAGGGCCACAGGGAAUGGCUGACGGAGAUCAACUAUCUUGGGCAAUUGCAGCAUCCUAAUCUUGUAAAGUUGAUUGGUUACUGCCUUGAGGAUGAUCAUCGGCUUCUGGUUUACGAGUUUAUGCCCCGUGGCAGUAUGGAGAAUCAUUUAUUCAGGAGAGGGUCUCACUUCCCGCCACUUUCUUGGAAAAUUCGCCUGAGAGUUGCUCUAGGUGCAGCAAGGGGGCUUGCCUUUCUCCAUAGUGAUGAAGCAAAAGUCAUCUAUCGGGACUUCAAGACUUCGAACAUCCUGCUUGAUUCAAACUACAACGCAAAGCUUUCUGAUUUUGGCUUGGCCAGGGAUGGGCCAACUGGUGAUAAAAGUCAUGUCUCUACCAGGGUCAUGGGAACUCAUGGAUAUGCUGCGCCAGAGUAUUUAGGCACAGGCCAUUUGACUGCAAAGAGCGACGUAUACAGCUUCGGAGUUGUACUUCUUGAGAUAUUAUCGGGCCGACGAGCUAUAGACAAGAAUCGGCCAACUGGUCAACACAAUCUAGUGGAGUGGGCUAAACCUUACCUUACAAACAAACGCAGAGUUCUUCACGUUCUGGAUCCACGUAUUGAAGGCCAGUACUCUCUCACGCGGGCACAAAAGUUGGCCAGCCUCGCAGUUCAAUGCUUAGAUGUAGAACCAAGGUUCAGGCCGAGCAUGGAUGACGUGGUAAAGGAACUAGAGCAGCUUCAAGAAUCUAGCAAAAAAGAGAACAACACAAGUGCUAAUGGAGAUACCAACGGCGGAAAAGUUUCUUAUCCCCGGCCAUCGCGAUCUCCACUUUUUACGUAGGCUGGGAUGGGAAUUUUUUGACAUGAAUAUAGUGAAGUCCUGGUGGGAUGGGAAUGUGAAGUGUUGCAUGAGUUUUUGCAUGGAAUGUGCUGGAAAAUCAAUAUGUUUAUUUGUGUAUAGUUUUUGGUUUGCAUUCUUCCUCGCUUUUGUUUUUUUUUGGAUGUCUUCUGGUUGCUGCUGCAAUAUUUUGUAAUUGGAUACAGCCACAGAAAUGCAAAUGUUUUUUAUGUGAGUGUAUAA